AUGGCCCGAGCCGGGGGCGGGGGCCCGCGCCGGGCGCCGCCGCCGCUGCUGCUGUGUCUGGGGGUCGCGUUCGUCCUCGUGGCGGGGGCCGUGCCGGCGCGCGAGUCGGGCAGCGCCCUCGAGGCCGACGAGCUGGUGGUGAAGAGCGGCCUGGCCUGGGAACCGCGUGCCGCCGCCAAUGACACGCGGCCGGACGCCGGCCCGGGCCGGGCCGGGGGCGAGAAGACGACCACGUGGACGGCGCCCGGCGGCGCCCCGGCCGCCCCGGACCCCGGGGUGGGGCCCGAGGAGACGCUGGAGGCCUCGGCGUCCGUGACGGGCGCGGCCUGGCUGGAGGCGGACAGCCCGGGCCUCCUGGCCGGCGUGACGGCCGAGGUGGGCAGCGGCGAUGCCCAGGCCCUCCCGGCCACACCCCAACCCCCCGACGAGGCCCUGGGGCGACCGUCGAGGCCCGCGCCCUCCCCCGACGCCCCCGACGCCGGGGGACCCCCAUCGUCCCCGGUCCCCGAGGACAAGGAGCGCCCCUUGGAGGUCUGGCUGAACCUCGGAGACAGCACCCCCGACGCCCCGCAGCCGCCGGAGCCCACCCGGCCCCUGCCCGGCACCCUCGGGUCCCCGCCGCCCUCCGAGAUCCUCGACAUGGACUACUUGGAAGGGCUGGACGGGAAAGAGCGCGGGGUGGACCUGGGCGUCUUCCCGCCGGGGGUCCCCGAGCAGCACCCCGACGCCGACGGGGAGACCCCCUCCUGGAGCCUGCUGGACCUGUACGACGACUUCACCCCCUUCGACGAGUCCGACUUCUACCCCACCACGUCCUUCUAUGAUGACCUCGAGGAGGAGGACGAGGACGACGAGGACGAGGACGAGGACGCCGUGGGGGGCGGAGGCCUGGAGGAGGGCCCGGCCCUGCUGCCCUCCCCGAAGCCCACGGGCCGGUGGCACGCCCUGGGGGUGAUCCCGGGGGGCAGCCUGGCCCUCCGGCCGCGCCCCGGGGGUGGGGAGUCCCCGGGGCGGGAGCUGGCCCCAGCCCCCGCCGGCGGCGAGAACGGCACCGAGUGUCGCAGUGGCUUCGUCAGGCACAACGGCUCCUGCCGGUCCCUGUGCGACCUCUUCCCCAGCUACUGCCACAACGGCGGCCAGUGCUACCUGGUGGAGAACAUAGGGGCCUUCUGCAGGUGUAACACACAGGACUACAUCUGGCACAAGGGGGCGCGCUGCGAGUCCGUGGUCACAGACUUCCAGGUGAUGUGCGUGGCCGUGGGCUCGGCUGCCCUGGUGCUGCUCCUGCUCUUCAUGAUGACUGUGUUCUUCGCCAAGAAGCUCUACCUGCUCAAGACAGAGAACACCAAGCUCCGAAGGACCAGCAAAUUUCGGACCCCAUCCGAGCUUCACAACGAUAACUUCUCCCUCUCCACCAUUGCAGAGGGCUCUCACCCAAACGUAAGGAAGCUUUGCGACACCCCUUGUGUCUCCUCCCCCCCUGCCCGUGCCUUGGCUCACUAUGAUAACGUUGUCUGUCAGGAUGACCCUGGUGCUCCCCACAAAAUCCAGGAAGUCCUCAAAUCCUGCCUGAAAGAGGAGGAGCCCUUUAACAUCCAGAACUCCAUGUCAGCCAACCUGGAGGGUGGCAAGGGCGACCAGGCGGAGCUGGAGGUGAACUGUCUCCAGAAUAAUUUAACCUAAAGCAGAAGAAGAGCGGAAGUGGGGGGUGGGGGCAGGG